GAGGCAGUGGCGGCGUCGGCGUCGGCGUCGUGCGGGGCUGCCCCGCCAUGGAGGACGUGUGGGCGGCGGCGGCGGCGCGGGUGGGCGCCGUGUGGCUGGCGGUGGUGCUCGGGCUCAUCGUGCUGCCCUCGGCGCUGGGCAUCUCGCUGGGCAUCUCCGAGGCCUACAUGUGGGUGCUGGUGAAGACGCUGGAGUGGGCCACUAUACGGAUAGAAAAAGGUGUCAAAAAGCCACAGCCGCAGAUGCUGAAGACUCCUACUGCUAAUGGUAUCAUUGAAAGAGAUGAAACGCCUAUGGAGAAAGAAAUUGCCCGUCUGCAUUCAGUGGAUUUCGAAUUCUCUGACAUUUUCUACUUCUGCAGAAAAGGGUUUGAGGCCAUUGUGGAAGAUGAAGUCACCCAAAGGUUUUCCUCAGAAGAGCUGCUCUCCUGGAAUCUCCUCACAAGGACUAAUGUCAACUUCCAUUACAUCAGCCUGAGGCUGACUAUUGUGUGGGUCAUUGGGGUUGUAGUGCGGUACUGCUUCCUGCUGCCCCUACGCAUUACGCUCGCUACCAUCGGGAUUACGUCAAUGAUUGUGGGAACAACAUUGGUAGGACAGCUGCCAAAUAGCAGUGUGAAAAACUACCUGAGUGAAGUGGUCCACCUCACGUGCUCCCGCAUCCUUGUCAGAGCUCUGUCUGGCACUAUCCAUUAUCAUAACAAGGAAAACAGACCUAAGAAAGGAGGAAUUUGUGUUGCCAACCACACAUCACCGAUAGAUGCAAUCAUUCUGACAAAUGAUGGAUGCUAUGCAAUGGUUGGCCAGGUUCAUGGUGGGCUGAUGGGAGUCAUCCAGCGAGCCACGGUCAAGGCCUGUCCUCACGUCUGGUUCGAACGCUCCGAGAUCAAGGAUCGCCAUCUAGUGACGAAAAGACUCAGGGAACAUGUGGCGGAUAAAAGCAAGCUUCCGAUUUUAAUUUUUCCAGAAGGCACCUGCAUAAACAAUACAUCUGUGAUGAUGUUCAAGAAGGGGAGCUUUGAAAUAGGAGGGACGAUCUAUCCUGUUGCAAUCAAAUAUGAUCCUCAGUUUGGAGAUGCAUUCUGGAACAGCAGCAAAUACAACAUUGUGAGCUACCUGCUGCGAAUAAUGACAAGCUGGGCCAUUGUCUGCAACGUGUGGUACUUGCCACCAAUGGAUAGAGAGAAAGAUGAAGAUGCUGUUCAGUUUGCCAACAGAGUGAGGUCAGCCAUUGCUCGCCAAGGAGGACUGACUGAACUUCCCUGGGAUGGAGGUCUGAAACGAGCAAAAGUCAAAGAUACUUUCAGAGAAGAACAGCAGAAAAACUACAGCAGGAUGCUAGUGAGAAAUGGAUCAGUAGGAAGCCUGUCUGCAGGAACAGAGUCAGACUGAAUGGUCGUUCUUGAAAAUUAACUUUGCACAACCAGCCUUAGCAGGAAUAAUGUUUUUUAAUUAAAAAAAAAAAAAAGACAAAAAAUAGAGCAAGACAACAGCAGAACCCUUCAUCACGUGUA